GCAGCUUCCCACCUGCACAGCUGCACUGAAACAUUCAGCAAACAUUCAGCACUGAGAUUGGUCUGUUAAUAAUGGAAGGUACAUUUUGAUGGUGAAUAUUUCAGUCAGUUUACAGACCUCAAAAGCGUGGCCACUUUCAAGAAUGGACUUUCAGAGAGGGGAGAGAAAUGGGGAGAGAGAUUCCAGCAGGCAAGCAGAGUCUGCUGUGUACUUUUCCAAUCCUCUAAUGAGUGAUAUUGAGUCUGAUUGGUCACCGCUGCAUGAUGCAGCCUAUCAUGGGCGGCUUGUGUCCGUGCGCACUCUCAUUGAUCAGGGUGCCAGCACCAAUCUGGUUUCUCUGGAGAGGGUGUCUCCUCUCCACGUGGCCUGUCUGCAGGGGCACACAGUCUGUGCAAAGUUACUGUUGGACCACGGAGCAAAUGUGAACAUCACUACAGUAGAUGGGAGCACUGCGCUGUCAGAAUCCUGUGGGGGGGGACACCUCUCUUGUGUCAGACUCCUUCUCCAGCAUGGAAGCACACCCCAUGGGCCCACAGAUUCCUCUUCCCCCAUCCACCAGGCUGCUGCCAAAGGUCAUGUAGACUGUGUGGAGGCCCUCGUCCAGCAGGGGGCAGAUGUUGACCGCCGGUCUGAAUAUUUGGGCACACCCCUUUACACUGCCUGUGCCAAUCAGCAUCUGAGCAUGGUGAAGAGACUGCUUCAGCUUGGGGCCGAUGUGAACAGCGGUAAGGGGGGAGACACCCCACUGCACCUGGGGGCCCAGCGGGACUGGCCUGAGCUGGUCACCACUCUCCUGGAGCAUGGCGCCAACGCCCAUGCCAGGGACACGGCAGGAAACCAACCCCUAGACCUGGCCCCACCCAACAGUGCCGCAAAGACCCUUCUCAACCAGAGAGGAGGAGUGUCCCGCCUGGCCCAGCUGUCCCGCCUGACUGUGCGCAGAGUGUUGGGACCAGCGAGACUCUGCAAGAUCAGCUCACUGUCUUUACCAUCAGAGCUCAAAGAAUACCUUCUGUAUCAGUCAGACUAACACGACUGGCAAAGGUGUGGCCACCAGCAGCACACACACACACACACACACACACACACACACACACGCACACACAUAAAUACCCCAGCAUGGCUUUACUGACGCAUUUCUCGUACAGUUCGCUACAGUUUGUGCUAUCCCAGUACGUGCGCACACGCGGUUAACAAACUCGCAUCUAAGUUAGCGAAUUCGCACAUUCACGCACA